CGCUCCCCUUCUCUGUAACCUUGCUUUGACAACGGCCCAAUUUGCGACAGCACAGCCUUUUUGCAUUCCUCCGCAUUGUCGAAUUGCGCGCAGCACGAUCGAUUGAACAUAUUAGAACUGCGAAAUUAAAUAAUCUCGCCUUCUUCCGCCACCAGACGCCCGAUCAUCCCCCCAAGCAACUCUCCAGACAGCUCGCAAGGGUUGCCGCCACAUCACCAUCACCAUGUUCUUCUCAAUCGACUGGAAGGGCCUCGCCCUGCCCUUUGCCUACCUGAUUGUUCUCAGCGGAGCUCUCAUGACAUUUUCAUCCAUCUACCGCAAGCGCCGUGCUGCCGAGAGCGCCAACCUGGCCCCAUGGUUCGGCCCUAACCUCCAGCGCAACGUCUACAUGUCGUUGAUGCACAUGGAGCCCGAGGACGGUGACGAGAACACCCCUGGUGUCCCCGUGAGCGUUCUCAAGGCUGCUCUCCUGCGCCGCGCUGUCGAGGACAUCGACCGCCUCAUCCAGAUCAAGACUGCCAAGCAGGCCUGCAGCUCUCUCCUGCAGCGCGGCAGCGUCGGUGACGACCUCUGGCAGCGCUUUGAGCGUGCUGAGAAGGAGAUGGAGGAGGAGCUGCGCGAUGUUGUGACUGAGGCUAACGCUCUCGUACCGAACUGGGGCCCUACCAUCUUCCAAUCCGCACACGAAAUCUCCGGCAACACAAGACUUCGCGAACGCCUGGCUGAGAUCGAGGCCCAGACAGAAGCUGAGAAGGCAUGGUGGGAGAAGCGCCGCGGCCAGAUCUCGACUGAGUUCAUGAAGGAGCUCGAUGAGGAAAAGGCUGCUAGCACGACUCAGGGAAGCGAGGACGACGCUGUGCUCGUUGACACACCUAGCAAGAACUAGGCGACUUGCAGGGGUAGACGGCGCCGCAGGGCCGCUAGAGUACGGAAGAGGCGCAUGCAGUCCGAGUUCGAUAUAUUCGCGUGUACUGACGUGAUGCCUUGCCAUUCAAUGAAGGCGAUGGACAAGGACGGACGGCUGGUGGGUGACAGCAGCUGAUAAGGCGUAUAUGGCGUUCUUUGUUUCCUCUUACAUAGAUUUGCAUACCUUUACUUUUGGGACAGGCUUAAUAUACUAAAAGUUGGCCAGCUUUGAACACUGAUUCCUUUUGUUUUUACAACACAGUGACAUAUUAAAGAGAGAGCGAGUGAAAGGAAGGAUUGGGUAAUUAUUCCAUUUUUGGUUCGUUUUCUUGUAAUACUAACAAGGUGGCCUCUUUAGCAGCAUCUCUCUGCCUCGUUUGUAACCACAUGUAUUCUGCGCCCUGAACUCGUAUAUAACAUGUAGAUAUACAUACUCUCUCUGUUCGUUAAGCUAAGUCAUCAAACAUGUCGGCUGCUCCAUUGCUAGAGAUGGCCGAUGUUAUAUCUAGAAACAUAACGCCAGUGUAUAAAGAAAAAAACAAGUAACCACCCCUGAUAGUUUGACUCCAUAUAAUGAACGAGUCUGUCUUCGACUGUGUCCAAGGAGUUCAUGGCGGAUAAAAACAAAAUAUAACGCCAAGCAGGAUGUAUUCGCUAAACGAUAAAAAACGCCAAAGAAACAAGGCGAAGGACGCGUGCUUCGCAGCUGUUUGUAAGAGGUGAUGCUGCCCCUGUAAAUAGAAGGGAGACAUCUGACCAGUGGUGUAGAAAGUCAUAAAAAGGGGUGCUGUGCAAGAAAAUCAAAAGUGCCCAAAACAGUAUUUGACAACACUCUCGCACGCCGUCUUCACCUGUGGAAAGGACCAGGGAAUGUCUUGCGACGCAUGGCCUCUUCAUCGCUGGCCAUGGCGGCGAGUCUAAUCUCGCGCAUGAGCUCUUCGUCAGACUUGGAGGCGAGAAGAGCUGCAGAAAACCUGGGCGAGCCUGGUCCAGACGAAGGUUCGCAUCCACGAAGGCCGAUGAAUCGACCCAUUCGGCGGCGCUUCUCCUCGAGGGGAGCGUCUGAUCGCCAGCGGACGGGGCAAGGGUACUGGCCCGACCAGGGCGAGGGGCGGGCUUGGUGAUAGAAGCUAGCUAAUGAUUCGAGCUGGUCGUUGGUCAAGAGCCAAAAGUGCAAGACAGUUGAAGGGAAGUCGGGGUGGACGGCACCAGUUGUGAGCUGCACCAGCGGGCUCAAAGGCAGCGACAUCUGGCGGAGCUUGUGAGCGAGUCUCGGGUUGCGGACCAGUAAACUACUGGCAUUAGGAGGGACACCGGCGUUGAGAUGAGGUAGUUGAGCAUUGAAUGUGGAUGACGUGACAAGACCACGCUGGGAGCGACUUCUUCUGCGGUUUCGUCGGCUGAGCGUUCGAGAUGCGACGGUGGUUGUGGAGGUCGAGGCGGCAGAUGCAGAAGUAGGGCCUGAAGAGGCGGCCUGCUGAGACUGCUGCUGUUGUGAAGAAAAGUCACGAUUCAUUUUGGGAAUGCGUGUAGUUUGUGUGUGUGUGUACAAGUAGACGGUUGUCGGCGAGCCACAAUAGAGCAAUAGAGGGUGACUAUGUAAUGCGGCCGGGUACAGGACGUGGAAACAGGACGUUGCGUUGGAUGCCGCACUGAGAAAGCGGGAUGGAAUUGUGCAGUGAAGCGGUGUAUAAUUGAAAGUCUAGGUCGUCUGCAUCAAUCGUGUGCAGGAUUUGCGGUGCAGUUCAAUUCGUAUGAGAUGUCACCGCCUGGUUGGGACACAGAGUGUUCUUUAUUCUCCGAGGCAAACAAGCACGGCGAAGAAGAAUAUGCCAAGUUGUUCGUGGGGUUUCUGUGCGACAAUAUCCGAUACAGGCAGAAUAUAUAUGCACAGAUACACGACUAAUUGCAGGCGUGAGGCGUGGUGCUCGGAAGCGGCGUGCUCGUGUAGCUCUGCGUCGUCUUCUACUGUGGCGGCAACAGGCAAAAGCAGCGCGGGCGACACAGGUCUAGGUAACAGAACAGACGGUGAGAGUCAAUGUGUCUAGUUAACGGUGCGACGAGAGUGCUUUAUGGGGAAAGCAGGCUGUUUUCCCUCUUUUUAGUGUCGGGAGUGAAUCCCGGGCUGGCCUCAGCGUGAAUGGCUGGGAUACAGUCAGAGAGUUAGUGGCGGCGAAAGCGAUUAUAUGGGAUCUGGCCGGCCAGCGUUAGAGAGCAGUAACGCAAGGGGUGAGAGUUCGGUAUGAAGAUAUCUCCGAAUACAAGACGAACAGGUGUAGAAGAGAGGAGGCUGAACCCGAGAAAAUAGAAAAUGUAAGGGGAAAGUGAAGUUUGGAGGGGAGGUCGGAGAAGAAAAAGAGAAGGUUCGGGCUUUGGAGGGGUGGGCAAGUAAAGUAAGUAGCAGGUGGUGGUCGGUUGCGGGUGGAAGAGUGUAUUUGACGGGGCCCUUGCUUGAGUGGAAUAG